CAGCUACAGCUACAGGAGGAACAUCCACUGCUGUCAGCCAUUGCGGCGAAUAAUUAUGCUCAAACGCAACGCGUGCAUUAUCCCAACCAUUACUAUCCGAACCAUUACCAUUACCAGCAACAGGGACGACCGCUGCUGGCCGCCGGCAGCAGCCACAACGGUGCUUAUGCAGGCACUGCACCAUCCAGCGGACAUUCUGGCUAUGGCGGCAUCGAGCCAUCGGUGGAGUACGAAUUGCAGCAGACGUCACCCUCGGGCAGCUUCUCCUCGUAUCAUGCCAGUGCUGGCAGUGCGCCCGCACAUCCGCCCCAUCCGCCUCAUCCUCCCGCCCACAUGCCACAUCCACCACAUCCUCCACCAGCGCAGACCUAUUCGUAUCCAAAGCCGAAGCCACCGCCACCAACGAGGAGCUCGGGCAAGAAAUCGAAGAAGGGCUCCGGCACGGUGAUGUCCGCGCUGACGCUUCUCUCGUUCUUUUUCUUUCUGAAUCUGCUGCAGAACUGCAUCAAGGAUCACAUGUCCGAUAUGAAUCCCACCGUUAUGGUGCUCACGGAUACCGGCGGUCGCAAUCGUUUCAAUAAAUUAGCCGAGAUGAACUCACGCGAACAAACCUCAUCGCCGACCCCAUCUUGGCAGCAGGCAGCCUUAGUACCCCUGCCGGAUACCGCACCCGGACGACCCCACCCCGUCUCCAGUCCGUCGCCCGUUAUUGUUACGCCCACGGUGGUGCUGCAGUCGCCAUAUAGCGGAGUUGCAACGGACUCACAUCAUUAUCCACCACCCUCCAAUGCUGAUAAUGAUGAUGAUGUUGUUGAUGAUGUUUAUAAUUACGGGAAUCGGAGACCACGGCCGCCACACCACCACCACCCAGAAACGACCUCCGCGGACUUCUAUCCUAAUCGCACAACACACAUUGACCACUCGUCCCGUCCCGACUUUGACUCCGAUUCAGAUUCCGAUUACUAUCAGCACCACUACUACCCCGAAAGGCAUCGCUACUCGGACUCCCGCCGCCACAGCAAUCCCAGCAAUCCCAGCAAUCCCAGCAAUCCACGGCGUCCUUGGUCUUAUGGCAGCAGCAGCACCAGCAGCAGGCAACGCUACUCAUCCGCACCGUGGUCUUCAGCUUCGUUGGGCGCUCAGUCGGGCGUGAGCUCUUACUUGGAUAAUGCCCAGCGACGUCAAGGUGAUGAUGAUGAUGCUGCCGCUGCUGACCAUGGCUAUGAUGAUGACGAUGACGAUGACGAUGGUCGGCAUCGGCGACGCGGUGAUGCUUUCUAUACACGCAUUAAUUGAAUGCAAGAAGACCAUGCCACGCCACGCCACGCGCCCACAAUUGUGUGUUGUGUGUGUGCCAUGGAAA